UAAUGUCUGACCCCAAUUGUGGGACUGUCACAGCUUUGCCUCAUGGGCCUAGCUUCAGAUGAGCUCCGACUGGCAGAAGCUCGCGGACUUGUGGUACCGCAAGCCAGAGGUCUAUCCAGCUCAAUGGACAGAUGAUCCGGAGCGAUUGCAUUUGUGUGUGGCAGCUGGCGCCCCUUACGGUGGGCCUGUGGCAACCGUGAGGAAUGAGCAUGUAUUCCAGCCGGUCAAGGGAAGUUUGCAGACUCAUCUUCAAACCUGGACUGCAGCUGGCCGUUUGAUUCAAUCGGCCCCAUGGGUGCACACUGGCUUAGUGACGAUGGGAUGGAGUGCACAAGAGACCUUGGUUUGUGUCUUUGAAUCUGGGUUAAUCAGAACGUUCUCCGUGAUGUGUGAGCCCCUGCAUGUAUUUACGAUCGACGAGCGCAUCAAGUCCGAAGGUGGUGCCACUAUGGCAUCAUUGUGGCCUACCGGAGUUGCUGUGCUGACCAGAAAGUUCAGUCUGUUUGUGAAUACCUCUCUCACUCGCUCAGAGGAUGCCUGCCAUCGCUUUGCAGACAUCAGGGUUCCCAGUGCUCCUCUCUGCAUUUGCGCCUUGCCACCACCUUCAGAGGAGUCUGCAGAUGUGCAGGUGAUUGUUGGAACAGCCGAAGGGCCGGUUCUCAUGGUUGACAGGCACAGCUCCAGAGAUAUUGGCCUGACAGACGGUCCCUUCAUGGCCUUCUCUUUGUCGAGCAGUGGCCGCCUACUGGCAUGCUUGAGCACCAAAGGCGUGUUCAAGGUUGUAGCUGUCAGUGACGAGCUGAAAGUCCUCGACGUUGCAAAUAUUGAACGCAUCAAGAAGCCAAAGCAAAUGGUAUGGUGCGGAGACGAUUGCAUUGCCUUGUACUUGAUUGCCCCUUCAGACCACAACAGUUUGCAGCACAUUCUAUUUGUGGGUGGCCCUCAGAACGACUGGAUUCCCUAUCAAUAUGAUGCACCCUUGCAUUUGGUUUCUGAAUGUGAUGGUUGCAGAGUGAUGGGAACACACAAGAUUGAAUUCGUUCAAAGAGUGCCACACAGUGUGGAAGCUAUCUUCAGCAUCGGCAGCUAUGAUCCUCCGGCCUUGCUCCUCUAUGCCCUAGAGCAGUACGAGAAAGGAGACGUUUGUGCACAGGAGUCCUUGCGACCCAUCAAAGACCAAUUGGCAGAGGCUGUCUCCACUUGCUUGGAUGCUGCUUUGUGUGAGGAGGCGUCUGCCUUCAAGAACCUUUUGAAAGCUGCAAGCUUUGGGCGACACUUCUUGACGGAGAGUCCAGGGUGUCCCGAUCGGCAUCGUGAGGCCUGUCGAAGUCUUCGGAUUUGCAGGGAGCUACGCAAGGCGCCCAUUGAGAUCCCUAUUACCCCUGCGCAGCUGGAGAAGCUUGGUAUAGCAGGCUUGAGCCUGAGGCUGGCACAGCGCCACUUCCACUUGCUUGCUAUGCGGAUCUGUGAGUGGGUGGGGCAUUCUCAAGAAAAGGUGCUUUUUCACUGGGCAUGCGAGAAGAUACGCCAUGCAAGAGGCUCACCACAGACAGACGAACAGCUAUGUCAUACAAUUCUGGACAAGUUUCAGCGCUGCCCUGGCAUUGGCUUCGCAGAAGUGGCACGUGUGGCAGCUGAGAUGUACCGACCACAUUUGGCAACCUUGCUGUUGAACCAUGAGCCACGAAGCCACGCACAAGUGGAAGUCUUGGUGCAGCUGAGCAGAGAAGGAGACGAAAAGGACAGAGAUAUCAUGCUGCGCUUGGCUUUGGAUAAAGCUGCACGGAGCUGGGAUCCCGAUCUCAUGAACUCUGCACUUUCUGCUGCCUGCUUCGGGGAUCCGUGUGAACGAAGGUCUGACAUUCAGAGCUGUGCCAAACUAAUCAAGGAACGACUUUAUGAACUUCAAGUGGUGGGUGAUAUGGUAACCAGACAGCUGAUGCGGGAGCAGUUUGAUCGAGCACGAAUGUUCAAUGAUCUUCUGGACAGAAAGCGCCAAGCAGCCUUUGCAGCCCUGCACAGGGUCUUCCGACAAACGAGCUAUGAUGAGCGGACCAAGUUGCUGAGGUUUUCGAAAGAUCUAUUUGGAAUGAAUGACCCAAUAGCAACGGAUGCCGAAAAGUCCUCCAUGCAAUUUAUGGCCCAAUCCUGCGCAGAGGAAAUGGAGCUCUUAGCAGAGCAACUCUCUUUAGAGGAAAAGGCAACUGCAAAGAGCUGGGGCCGUGGCCGGACACAGCGGUUUUUGGGUUUGCCUCUCGUGACCACCUUGGUGAAGCUUUUGGAGUUAGGAGAGGUCCGCGAAGCAGACGAAUUGAGAAAAACCAUGAAGGUCUCGGACAAGCGCUACUGGCGCAUCAAGAUUCGCGGCUUGGCGAAUGCCGGAAACUUUGAGGAGCUCAAUGCCUUUGCUAUAGUCAACUCCCCCAUCGGUUACGAGCCGUUUGUAGAAACUUUUUUGAAACAUGGGAGGCAAGACUUUGCCCUGGCCUUGGUGCCAAAGGUAAAAAGUGGUGAGCAGCAAGCACAAUACUACCAACAGAUGGGUCUGCAUGACCAAGCCCAGCGAGCCCGACAAGGACAAGAGCGCUCAGGCGCAGGUCGUUUGUUGAACAUCUUAGGCGUGGGCCGGUGACACACAUUUGAGGAUGUGCAAAAAAGCCGACUGGAAGAUCCACUAAGCCUUCAUACAUACCAUGUGUUUUGUCCCUGCAAAACGCAGGGGUGCACAGGGCUGGCUUAGAAAACAGAGCAGUAGCGAGCUCAACAUGCAUGCGUGGCACUUCUCACCAAGCAACUCGAGUGGUCAAUCC